AUGGCAAACCGCGGCAACAACGGUACCUAUGUCUCGCAGACUGCGAACAAUGCCCAGCAGCCACUUCCCGAUGGCUACUCGAAGAAGGGGGCCAGCUAUCGUCGGCCCGUCGAAGCCCAGCCUACACAUGCACCGGCGACCUCGAACGCAAUGCCCAGCAAUUCCGCUCGACCUGUAGCUGCUCCAUCUGGUGCCAAUGGCGUCUCGCGCACCUCGUCGCAUCGUCGCAGACAGAGCCAGCAUAUACCUCCUCCUACCACCGGCGCAUCAGGCGAGGCACUGCCUGCAGCCCCAGACGUUCCCCGAGCACCACCACCAGUAUCGUACAAGGAUCCGUACGCGCCUAAGAGCAGCUCGAGGGCGCCCAAUCGCUCUCACUCUGGGCGCUCUCGAGAACCGACGAUAUACAUGAAUGCGAGUCGCCAGCAGCCAAACAUCACGAUAGCUGCGGAACGGUUGCAGCAGCUGCGCUCACCGCCAUAUUCACCGCCACAAUCACUAGCGGGAGCAUCCGAAGGUGUGGCUCGGAAGAAUUCGAAGGGCCGUAGGCCAUCGGUGCCGGACAGGUCUCCACUCCAGAAGCUAGAGGGGAAGUUGGAUGACAUAAGCAAGGAGGAGAGGAGAGCGAGGAUACUGGAAAUGGAGCUGGCAGCGCAAGAGAAGGCCGAGGCGGAGAUGCGCGCGCGCCGCGUACGAGAGCGAGAGCGAGAGGCUGCGGCGAAACAGCAGCGCAAUGUGUCUGGGCCGGUGACAGGGCCGGAGCCAGCUCCCACCCGCGCGGCGAGCAAUAGGCGACAUGUCUCCAUGCCGGCGCAGAAUAAACCAAAAUCUCCCCUGCUACCGGAUGAUCUCAGCGAAUCUGAAGAUGGAUAUGGCUAUGACUUGUCUGAGCCCUGGGAUCCCUCAGGAAGCGGCGCGGGACCUGGACCACAUCGAGUACCGUCUCAGUCCAAGGGCCAACGCGUCUCAUCUGCACUGAGUCAUCAGCAGGGUCUCACUCAUGCGGAUAGAUCCGUCGGGCGCACGUCUAGUGUGAACGAGAAGGAGGUUGGAGUCUCUAGAGGAUCAGGUAGCUUUCGGGACCGAUCGGGACCAGUCAGGAAUCUGGAGAAAUCCGUGGAAAAGCUGGAACGUAAACCUGCCCCUGUACCUUCUGGUCUGGGGCUGUACGGAGUUGAAGAUGCCCCCAAUGCGUCGCGACACGUAGGCGGUGGUGUCGCUCGAUAUGACAGCAGAAAGUUGUCCAAGGAUCUCCCUCCUACUCCGAAGGACACAGUGAAGCAUGAGAAAAAGAGGGACAGUCGCGGGAUUUUCGAAGCACAAAAAGAGAUGGAACAGCAACAGAUUGACCAGAAGAACACUCUGGAUAGAGAGGACCGACUUCGGCCUCAUGGCGCAACGGCGGCGCCCGCUGCAAAUCGAAGAAGUGUUGGGUUUACCGAUUCGGCCACAGAAAUUCCACCUGCACAGCCACCAGAGGCCCGAAAUCAUAGCAUUGGCGAUGUCUUCUCGCAAGAUCACGACCCUGACAGGCGAUACGUUCCACCGCCAAUGCUAGACGAGUGGAGGAACGGCGCAAUUGGCAUGCUCGUAGAGGAAGAUCUGAACCUCGAUGCUCCUCAAAGGUCCAGCAGCACUGGUGGUAAUGGUAACAAAGCCUGGUGGGAGGAGAGUACCUCGACUCGUAGUCGCCGUUCUGGUAGCUAUGCAGAGCCUACCUACGACGGCUAUGUGGAGCCCCCCACCACACACACCACAUUCAAUCCGCCCCUAUACCUCAAAUGUGGACCACUUCUCCGCUACACGGGCCUUCGUCGAGACAAGAGUAGGAUGGGCAGAGAUCGGGAGAUAUGGCGUGGUAGCGUGAUGAUCGUGACUACCGAUGAAGGUUCCUCCUACCAAAGACCACCUACACUACGCCUCUUUACACAGCCAAUGGAUCUCCUACCACACCCGCCUGAAGACGUGGAUCCAGACAACCUGCAUCCGGCGUACGUUGAUCCACUGGAAGGUCAGGUGAAGGUGUCACGAACUGGGAAGACUCUUUACGUCAAAGCUAUCGAUGAUAUCCCCGUAGACGUUGAUCUCUCUCGUGAAGAAGGUGAAACGGGUCUAUUCUCAGAACUCCGAAGCUCCAUGAGUCCACAGAGUGCGGGGCCUCAGAAAUCAUCUCGGAUCAAGAAGCGGGACGGCGAGAAAUUAGGCAAGAUGAAGGAAAUCUCCGCCGUGAGGCUACAUGCUGAGAGGGGCGUCACAUUCUGGCGCUUCAAUCUCGAAGUCGAGCUUGGACCGAAGCAGGCGCGCAUCGCGUACAGGAUCAACCGUGGACCUGCCAUUGGCUUCUGGGUCCCUGCGAGAGGCGAAACGAUGAACAUCAUGUUCCACAGCUGCAAUGGGUUCUCGUUAAGCGUUGUUUCGAAAGAAUUUUGUGGUCCGGAUCCCAUGUGGCGAGACGUGCUGAACAACCAUCAAACCCGGCCAUUCCAUGUUAUGAUUGGCGGUGGUGAUCAAAUCUACAAUGAUGCUGCGAUGCGCGAUACAACGCUGUUCAAACAAUGGACCGAGAGUAACAAUCUCUGGCAAAAACAUCGGACUCCUUUCUCGGAAGAGCUGCAGAACGAGCUAGAACAGUUCUAUUUGGAUCGUUAUUCAAUGUGGUUCUCUCAAGGUCUCUUCGGACUGGCGAACUCUCAGAUUCCCAUGAUCAACAUCUGGGACGAUCAUGACAUUAUCGAUGGAUAUGGCUCCUAUCCACACCAUUUCAUGGAGACGCCUGUGUUCACAGGACUUGGUGCAGUCGCCUUCAAGUACUACAUGCUUUUCCAACAUCAAUCUAUUCCAACCGAAACACGGGCAACGGAGCCUUCGUGGGUUCUUGGUGCUCGUCCAGGACCUUACAUCAAAGAGCAAUCUCGAAGUGUUUUCAUGCAGCUUGGCAGAGAAGUAGCAUUCCUGGGCCUUGACUGCCGCACUGAGCGCCAACGAAACGAGAUCAUUACAGAAGAAUCAUACGACAACAUCUUCGAUCGUCUAGAGGAAGAGAUUAUUCAAGGCGAGACCAAGCACUUGAUAGUUUUGCUUGGCGUUCCCAUUGCGUAUCCUCGAUUGAACUUUCUUGAAAACAUCCUGACCAGCAGGCUCAUGGACCCCGUUAAAGCACUGGGACGCAUGGGUCUUCUAGGUGGUUUCGUGAAUAAGUUCGAUGGUGGGGUCGAAAUCCUCGAUGAUCUUGACGACCACUGGACGGCAAAACACCACAAGGAUGAGCGCAAUUGGUUUAUACACGAGUUACAGCACAUUGCACGCACUAAGUCAGUCCGUGUUACUAUCCUUGGUGGCGACGUUCACCUGGCUGCUGUUGGUCAGUUCUAUUCCAACAAGAAGCUGAAUAUUCCGAAGGAUAAGGAUCAUCGCUAUAUGCCAAACGUCGUCUCUUCCGCUAUUGUCAAUACACCUCCUCCUGAGAUUAUGGCGGACAUCAUCAACAAGCGUAACAAAGUGCACCAUCUUAAUGCGGACACAGAAGAAAACAUGAUUCCACUCUUCACGCACGAUGUUGAUGGCAAGAAAAGAAACAAUGUCCAUUUGCUUCAACGUCGAAACUGGUGCAGUCUGCGAGCGUACAAUCCGGGAAGUACACCGCCAGAUACGCCACCUGCAUCGCCAGGCGCAGAUGGACCCAGGCUUACAAGGACCCUAUCGGAUUACACCCCUGGUAAAAUGGUCCGCCGUUUGAGUGGAACUGGUGGCAGACGACAGGAGCGGGGUCCUCCUAUUUCCUACUACAACAAUCCAGCGAAUACUGCUGCGCAUGACCGUCAAACGCAACCUCAGUCAUCGUUCUCACCUGAACGACCUGAGCGCCCUCGUUCUCGGCGAAACUCACUCACGUCACUCUUCAAGCGAAGAGCUUCGGUCGACAGUGUCAAUGCUCCCGGGUCAACACAUAGUGUACCGACACAACGUCCUUCGCUUGCUGGCGAUUCACCUGGCGGUCCACCUAGCUUCUAUCGUCGUCCAAGCGUUUUGAGUAGGAAGGGAGUAAGGCGCGAAGGAGAGCCCAUUAACCUGGCGGGCGGCCUCGAUAUCUGUCUCAAUUUGGAAGUUUCGCAACACGAUCCUGCCGGGAUCACAACGCCUUACCGCCUGCUCGUGCCUGCGCUGGACUAUACCGCCCCUGAAGCCGGUAAUGAGGAAGAGAAAGAACGACGCAAAUCUCGUAUUAGCAGCGUUUUUGGAGUCUUUGGCGGGAAGCGACGUCCUCGUCGUACAGUAGGCGAUGACGGAUAUUCACACACUGAAGGAUCGGAGAGCGAGAGCGGUAGCGAAGAGGAAAUGGAUGAGGAGGAUCGCGCACGUCAGAGGUACAAAGUGGGCCCGAGGAUCAUCAUCCCAGGCUUUACAAACCGCAAGCGCGCUUCCUCUCAAUUCCAACCUCCUUCUCAUGCUGACCCUCAUACUCCAACAGAUACAGGACCCGCGCUCGGCCGCGCCGCACCAAGCGACCCUCAAAACCGCCGACAAAGCGUAGAUAUCGGAUCCUCACGUCAUGCGCCUAGCGCCCCGCCGCCUUCUGCAUGGGAGUCUGUGGCGGCCCAGCGACAGCGGCACGUCAGCGCUCCCGUCGCUACCUACAACAAUGUUCAGACGCAAACCGCCGCUCUUCCGUCGCGAUCAGGCUCCUCCCGGCUACCCAACACCAACGCAUCCCAUUCAUCACAAUUACCGCAGCGACGCUCAGAGGAGCAAUCUUAUCCUCAACCUCAGGAUCCAGACUCCAAGGUCAACAGGCGCAGCAUGGGCGGCAUCCUUAAUCAGCACCGUGGCGAGAGAUUCGAGCAUGAGGCGCAUGUCCUUGCGCACACAUCCAGUCGCUCCAAGCGCGAUAGCUAUCCGCCGCAUCCGGCUAUCGUGGGAGCGGGGCCUGAGAGCCCGUACUCGAGACGCGACAUGCAGGCAAGAGACGACACUGGCGGCGACGGGUACUUUGCGCAGGGAGCGAGGAAUGGGUCCGCGGGCGUGGGGGCGAGGUAUCUAGGCAGAGGGAAGUAUGCGGAUAGCGAUGAGGAGGAUAGUGAAGAUGGAAGGAGUUAUCGCACGGGCGAUGAUGGGGAGAGCGUGGAGAGCUUUGUGCCGCCGAAGAAGAGUAAGUUCAAAUUCUGGAAGUAA